AUGGCCAAUGAGUUGUGUGAGGAUAUGAGAAGAUUAAACCUUGAGGUUGUUAAUCAAGGAGAGUUAGAGGGAUUUCUGAGUGCCCUAACAAUCCAACCAUCUAUAUUUGAAGAGAUUAAGGUGAAGCAGUUGGCAGAUGAGUUGUUGCAAAAAAUCAGAGAUCGAGUAACUAGUGGUGCAGAGACUGAAUUCAAGAUUCAUGAAGACGGGAGUCUGAGAUACCAGAAGAGAUGGUGUAUACAACAAAAGUGUGAGGAUAUAAAAAGAAAAAUCAUGGAGGAGUGCCAUAAUACACCAUAUUCAAUUCACCCUGAGGAGAUAAGUUGCUUACCAAAGACUCGUAGUGGGAAUGACACGAUUUGGGUGAUUAUAGACAUACUUACUAAGCCAGCGAUGUUCAUUCCUAUCAAAGAGACCUGGAAAAAGAAGCAUCUAGCAAGUGUCUAUGUGAAGAAUGUAGUUUAUUUGCAUGGAGUUCCCAAGGACAUAGUGUCGGAUAGAGAUUCAAGGUUUCUAUCAAAGUUUUGGAAAAAAAGUGCAAGAGAACCUUGGAACAGCAUUGAAGAUGAUUACUACCUUUCAUCCUGCAACAGAUGGUCAAACUGA